AUGUAUCCAUACUAUUUGGCUCAGAUGAUUGCUGAAAAUGCAGAGAUCAGUUCCAAAGACUGCCAUAAAAUCAGUCCCUUCUCACUCUCUGCAGAGAUAGCUGGUUAUUACCAUUCUGGUGGCAAGAAAGAUGAUAUCACAAAGGAUAUAUUCAGAAUGAGCACCGUAGUAGUCGAUGAUGAAAGGCCAUCAAAGGUUCGUCGCCUUUGUUGUUCAGACUCCUCAGUUCCAGCAACUCCUUUUCAUGGGAUUAUUAAUGAUGUUUCUAUUAUUCCAAGAAAGAGGAAGUUGAAGCUGCUGAUGGGUUCUUCUUACCUACCGAAGGAGAAUUUGUUUAAACCUGAAGGGGAAGAUGCCCACUUCAUCUGUGAAGAGCAGCAAGUGUUUGGUGUGGCUGAUGGGGUGGGAUCAUGGGCUAAGAAGGGAAUUGAUGCCGGAGAAUAUGCUCGGGAACUCAUGUCAAAUUCUGUAAUGGCAGUCCAAAAUGCACCCAUUAAUAAGGGUUAUUGUGUGGAUCCAUUGAUUGUACUCGAAGAGGCCUUCUCUAACACCAAUGCUCAAGGCUCUUCCACUGCUUGUAUCCUAGCCUUGGCAGAUGAUGAUAACUGCUUACAUUACGCAAGUGUAGGAGACAGUGGGUUCUUGUUGAUCAGAGGGGAAGAACUAAUCUACAAUUCCCCCUCGCAACAACGCCGGUUCAAUUGCCCAUUUCAACUUGGGAAACACCCUCGGAGUGACAAUCCCACUGCAGCUUUUGAGUUCAAAGUUGAAGUUGAAGAAGGAGAUGUGAUUGUUGCAGGGACUGAUGGACUAUUUGAUAACCUAUUCCAAGAAGAAAUAAUAGAGACAGUAAAUCUAUUCACUGCUUGCAUAGGGAUGUAUCCAUACUAUUUGGCUAAGAUGAUUGCUGAAAAUGCAGAGAUGAGUUCCAAAGACAGCGAUAAAAUUAGUCCCUUCUCAGUCUCUACAGAGAUGGCUGGUUAUUACCAUUCUGGUGGCAAGAAAGAUGACAUCACAGUUGUAGUUGCCUAUGUUGUUCCAUCAUCAUCCUAG